ACGUAACUCAAAGCAAACAUUCUCAUAAACUCUCACACAUUUUGCGGUGAAGAACUCUUUGAAAAUCUUCGAAAAUGGCGGAGAAGAGCAAGAUUCUGGUGAUCGGAGGGACAGGGUAUUUCGGUAAAUUCAUGGUCCAGGGAAGUGCGAAAUCGGGGCACCCCACGUUUGCGCUGCUGAGAGAGUCCACUGUGUCGAAUCCCGACAAGGCCAAACUCGUCCAAGGUUUCAAGGAUCUCGGCGUCAACAUACUCUACGGAGACAUCAAUGAUCACGAGAGCUUAGUGAAAGCGAUAAAGCAAGUGGAUGUGGUGAUAUCGACAGUUGGAAACUCACAAAUCUUAGACCAAACUAAGAUCAUUGCAGCAAUCAAGGAAGCUGGAAAUGUUAAGAGAUUCUUACCUUCAGAGUUUGGGAACGAUGUUGAUCGUUCACGGUCCAUCGGCCCCGCGAGAGAGGAGUUCAAUCACAAAGCUCAGAUCCGUCGGGCCGUGGAGGCCGCGGGAGUACCAUACACGUACGUGAACAGCAACUGCUUCGCCGGUUAUUUCACGCCUUCGCUAUUCCAAUGCCACCUCGGGAUUUGGAGCCCUCCGAGGGACAAAGUCGGCAUCUAUGCUGAUGGAAACGUUAAAGCCAUUAUGAACAAGGAGGAAGACGUGGCCGCAUACACCAUGAAAACGGUCGAUGACCCGACUACUCUGAACAAGAUUCUCUACGUCAACCCUCCGAAGAACAUUCUCUCCACGAACGAAAUCGUCGCCUUGUGGGAGAAAAAGAUUGGGAAAACUCUCGAAAAGACUUACAUUUCCGAGGAAGAACUCCUCAAGAGCAUUGAAGAGUCCCCGGCUCCCCUCAAUUACUUCUUCGCCUUGAACCAUGCGUUGUUCAUCAAGGGAGAUCUCACUUGGUUCACCAUCGACCCUUCGAUCGGAUUGGAGGCUUCGGAGCUUUAUCCAGACGUCAAGUACACAAGCGUCGACGAGGAUCUUGACCAGUUUGUUUGAGUGAACCCUUUCGCAUAUUGAUGAUUUGUGUUUGGAUUAAGAUUGCUUCAUCUGCAUAUGGGAGAUUUGUCCGAGAGAGACGGCGAUGAAUUUCUUUUCUUGUAUUGUAUUGUAUCGUUUUUUCUUGUUUCAUUAUAUAUAAUAAAGUUUUAUGUUUCGUCUA